AUGGACGAUAACUUCGAGCCAAUGGACGAUUUCGACUAUCGAAGCCGAUCGACAAUGCAUCUGCAAAAAGCUCUGCAAAUGACGAAAGAAACGGUGAUCAAGAACAAUUUGUUGCUCGGAUUGGAGAAUGAGAUUGAUUUUGAUUUUGCUGUUUUCACCUGGAAGAACUGA